AUGUCCAAUGUGCACACAUUAAGAGAUAUUGAAAAUAGAGGUCAUCGACUUGGUAGCAUCCGUGAAUCAGAACUUGGGAAAGCAUUGCGUGGUAGCAUCAAAACUGCUUCUGAUAUUGCUAAUGAAUAUAAAGACCUGCAGGACAUAUAUUUAGAGCGAGUAAAGGAUUUUAAUCGUAUCAGUUCUGGCAUUAACAAUAAAGAGGCAACUUUGGCCCAGAAAGCUUCGUCCGUUGACAAGGUCAAGAUUCUUUCUCUUGAAGCUAAAAUAGGUGAAUUGGAAGUGGAAGAGGUAACAGAGGCGCCAGGCAAGCAGAAAGAUCCAAAGUUACCUGAUUGGAUUGAUGAUAAUUUAAAGGGCCUUGUCUAUGAGCUUGGACUCGAAAAUAAAGAAGAUUUACUAGAGGUAUUGCAAAAUGCAUUGUCAGAAAGAAAUUCUCUCUUUCAAGAAGCGGAUCUAAAGGGAUCAGCUAAUGCUUAUUUAGCCGAGCAGACUCCAAAAACAUCUAGCGAGUUUGAAGUGGUUGGAGGGGUGGACUCUAAAGAGAACCCAGGUGUUAGUGAACAGGAGAAAGAUAACGGCAAUACUAGCAUUGAAACUACCUGGGUUCAUAAUGCGAACGUCUCGGUAGCACCUAUUUCAAUACCAGAAACCGGCAAAGCUUUAGCUGAUAAGAAAUUGGAUUUCUUCUUUUUCAAGAAAAUUUUUCCGAAAUAUAUAACACCUUUUAAUAGAAAUCAGAGUUAUGGAUUCCCAAUCCGAUACACAGAAAAACCGAAAGAAAGAACUACCACCUAUGAAACUUUACCUUAUGGAUAUGGAUGA